UCCCUUCUUUUCCUCAGGUAUUGUUCUCUGAUUGGGUGUUGCACAGAAACCUGAGGUGACUGCUCCAGCAGGUUUCACCACAACACCGGUGAUCUAAGAAUGAACAGGGUUACUGCUCUCUAACUCUUCCACGCAGAAAAAUGGAUAAGUGGGGCAGACCACAAACGAUCACGUACAAGAAGUGGAAAAACCCUGAGGAGAGUGGUGAGGCCAAUUUUGCAGGUCAAAGCGAUGAGGUUCAGGGCACAGACAAUGAGAUCUGCACGAUAGCCUCAGCAGUGGACACUGGGAUAAGGAAGUCUGUAUCCAGUUCUGGAUCUGAUCAAACACAAGAAACUUUUACAGUACAAGAUGCAUUAGAGGCCCUCGGCUAUGGAAAUUUCCAGUGGAGAAUCUGUCUGCUCACUGGACUAUCAUGGAUAGGAGACGCCAUGGAGAUGAUGAUCCUUUGUAUUUUAGGCCCUGAGCUGCACUGUGAAUGGAGGUUGCCCAGCUACAAGGUGGCUCUCAUAACAUCGGUGGUGUUCAUUGGGACAGGGUUCGGCUCAUUUGUGUGGGGAAAUAUGUCUGACAAGUAUGGCAGAAGAGUUGGUCUGAUCAUGUGUAUGUGCUGGACUCUGUUCUACGGCCUGCUGAGUGCCUUUGCUCCAGUGUACAGCUGGCUUUUGGUCCUGAGGGGUCUUGUGGGCUUUGGAAUCGGGGGAGCUCCUCAGGCGGUGACAAUGUAUUCAGAAUUUCUUCCAGCAAAGGCCAGAGGCAUCUCCAUCAUGAUGAUUGCGGCAUUUUGGGCGAUUGGUGCUGUGUUUGAGGUCCUCCUGGCGUUUUGGAUAAUGCCCACUCUCAGCUGGAGGUGGUUACUUGGCUUGUCCACAAUACCAGUGCUUCUUUUUCUUUGCCUCAGCUAUUGGCUUCCUGAAAGUCCUCGUUUUGACAUGCUGACAGGAAAAAGGGACAGGGCCUAUGCAACUUUAAAAGACAUUGCCAAAACGAAUGGAAAAGCCUUGCCCAAAGGGAAACUGACCACCGUCAAACAGUGUGACCGUGGGAGUAUUAAAGAACUGUUUGCUCCUCAGUACUUAAGGACUUCUCUUCUUCUGUGGUUUAUUUGGUUUGUUCAUGCCUUCUCCUAUUACGGCAUAGUCCUGUUAACAACUGAGCUGUUCCAGGCUGGAGAUUCAUGCGGGGCGGCCCAGGGAGCGAAAAUUGAACCGAGCUGUAGCCUGGAAUGCAAAUAUUUGACAUCAGCUGACUACAAGGACCUCUUAUGGACAACUUUAGCUGAAUUCCCAGGUUUAUUAGUCAUCCUCCUUGUUAUAGACCGUAUUGGCAGGAAGAAGAGCAUGGCGCUGUGUUUCUUCAUGUUUUCUUUGUGCCUUCUUCCAUUGUAUGCUUGUAUUGGGAGGAUCGCUCUUACAAUCUUCAUCUUUAUCGCCAGGGCGUUCAUCUCUGGAGGAUACCAAGUUGCUUUUGUCUAUACACCAGAGGUGUACCCUACGGAAAACAGAGCCCUGGCAAUGGGGACUUGCAGUGCAAUGGCAAGAAUGGGUGCCCUGAUUACCCCCUUCGUGGCACAGGUGUUGCUCAGGAAGUCAGUGUAUUUGACCCUAUCAAUGUACUGUGGCUUAUGUCUGCUGGCUGGCAUAGCAGCCCUGAUCCUGCCCAUUGAAACACUGGGAAGGAGUCUUCAGGAGUCCAACACCGACCAGGAAGCAAGACAUACGAAUGCCACAACCAGCCAAUCAAAUGGUGCCGCACACUCCUAAAAACAGAUCAGAGAACGGGGGGAAACAUGCCUCAGGAGCUACAGCUACCUGAUGUGGAUUGAGUCUCCUUGUGGGAGAAGAACAACAAUGGAUCAUCUCAAUGAUACUUGAAGAAAGGCCUGGUUCCAGUGUCUAUGGAGAGUGGAAGUGCACCUGUGCUUGUGCUGGUUUGUGUGCCAGUAAUCAAGGAAAGAGGGACAUUUUGGAGAAUAUUGAUCCAGUGCCAAAGCUCUGUUUGGGGCUACAUGUUUCAAGAAUACACAGAAGAAGACUUUUAUAAAUAUUUUAUUAAAAUGACUUCAACUAUAUAUAAA